AUGAAGCUUUCCCCUUAUGUUUUAGUUGCUGUGGUCCUCAGCAUACCGGGACCGUCGUCGGCAUAUCCUGUUGACAGAGACUCUGUUGAAAAGAGACAGCAAGAUUUGGCUGUUGAAUUUCCUACCGUCGACCUCGAUCGUAGAGGUUUGUUCAGCUGGAUUCUGAACUUGGUUGAUGACGAUUCCCUGGCCGCAGCCGCCCCAGCUCCAGCAGCUACUACCGUUGCUGCGCAAGUUGCACCGGCACCAGUUGCAUCAGUUGCUCCUGUCGCUGCUCCUGCGACUACUUCUGCAUCCAGUGGUGGAUUUGGCAAGUUUCUUUCCGGACUUUUUGGCGGAAGCUCGUCCACCACAACGGCUUCGACUGCUCCAGCUGCUGCUCCAACUGCAUCUUCUGUUGCAUCUCCGGCUGCCGCUGCUGCACCUGCUGCCAAGGCAUCAUCCAGUUCUGGUGGUAUUUUGGGCUUCUUUUCCAAUCUUUUUGGCGAAAGCAGUAGUUCCACCUCAACCACACCAACAGCCAGUGCUCCUGUAGUGGCUAGUUCAGUCGCUAGUUCAGUCGCAGUUUCGUCCGUUCAAGUUCCUGCCGCUGUUGCAUCUGCUUCGGCUGCUGCUUCUGCUGUUCUUGGCACUAGCACCGCUGGCUCCACCGUUUCGGGGGCCUAUACCAAUCUUCCUGGAUUUGACAGUGAUCCCAGUUCAUCUCCCACAGAAGCUAGCUACACUGGAUCCAGAAUUGCCAAUGUCAAAGCUGCAUCUUCAGCCAAGGGUAUCUCGUACUCUCCAUACACCAAGAGUGGAGCCUGUAAAACUGCCGCUGAAGUGAAAAGCGAUAUUGCCGAGUUGUCUCCUUUUUCAAUCAUUAGAUUAUACAGUGUCGACUGCAGCGGUAUCCAGAAUGUACUUGCUGCCAUGUCCUCGUCGCAAAAGUUGUUCUUGGGUGUGUGGCCCAUUGACCUGAGCUCGGUGCAAUCCGAUUUGCAAAGUGCCAAGCAACAAGUCCAGACGUCAUCAAGAGGCUGGAGUGCCGUGCACACCAUUGCUAUUGGAAACGAACAGGUGAAUUCGGGCCAAGGAACUGUUCAACAGGUGAGUACAGGAGUCCAAACUGCUCGUACUUGGCUCAAACAAAAUGCUCCAAGUUACAAUGGUUACGUUGUGACUGUCGAUACCCUCGUUGCUGUUGUUGCCAACCCUGCUCUUUGUGAUGUUUCCGACUACUUGGCUGUAAAUUCCCACCCAUACUGGGAUGGAGGUGUGCAACCUUCCAACUCGGGUCCAUGGCUUCAGAACCAAAUAUCCAACUUGAAAAAUGCUUGCGGUAACUCCAAGAGUAUUCUUAUUACCGAGACUGGCUGGCCCACCGAGGGAUCUAAUUAUGGCCAGUGUCAACCUUCCGUCUCCAACCAACUCGCUGCCAUUAAAAGUAUCAAUAGUGUGUUGGCAGACCAGGUAUUUAUGUUCACCACUUUCAACGACUACUGGAAGGAUGGUGGUGCAUACGGAGUGGAGAAGUACUGGGGAAUCUACGGAGACCCUAAUGCCUGA